CAUGACGCUCUUCACUGAUCAGGAUCCAGAAUCGGUGUACCCCAGUCAGGAUUUGAUUUGGGGAAAGUUUGAACAGUGCUUCCUUGCUCUGUGGGGUCUGGUCACAUACGCUCCUGUGUUCAGAGACUAUUACUACCAAGGUCUCGCCCAGUUCUACACGGACAACGUCAUGUACAUGGAAGUGCGAGCUCUACUCCCAGAGAUAUACGAGUUAGACGGCAGCACUCAUGACACAGCGUGGACUCUGAAGACCUACCAGGACAUCACCCGACAGUUCACAGCAGAAUACCCGGAGUUCUUUGGAGUGAGAGUCAUCUUCACAAUCCAUAGAGGAGUAAAUGCAUCCAAGAUGGCCAGAGCUGUGGAGGAGGCGAUGAAGCUACAGAGAGACUUCCCAGAUAUCAUGGCUGGCUUUGACCUGGUGGGCCGUGAGGACAGCGGCAGACCCCUAUGGUACUUCAGAGAUGCUUUGUCACUGCCGGCAGAGAGAGGGGUGACGCUGCCUUACUUUUUUCAUGCGGGGGAAACGGAUCUGGAGGGCACAGAGGUGGACCAGAACUUGUUGGACGCUCUAUUGUUGAACACAUCCAGAAUCGGCCACGGUUUUGCUCUGCUCCGCCACCCCGUGGCCAAAGAUCUGUCUAGGAAGAGGGGGGUAGCUGUGGAAGUCUGCCCCAUCUCCAACCAGGUGAUGAAGCUGGUGAAAGAUUUGCGAAACCACCCUGCAGCUACUCUGAUGUCAGAGAACCACCCUCUGGUGAUCAGCUCCGAUGAUCCGGGCAUGUUCGGCUCCUCCGGACUCUCUUAUGACUUCUAUGAAGCUUUUGUGGGCUUCGGUGGGAUGAGAUCCAAUUUAGGCUCCCUCAAAGAGCUGGCCAUAAACUCUAUUCGGUACAGCUCUUUGAAUCCAAAGCAACAGGAGAAAGCCCUGGCUCUGUGGCAGAGAAGAUGGGAUAACUUUGUCUCUGAAAAUGCAUUUUAAAAAUACAUUUUUAUACUGUAUAUAUAUUGUUAAAGAAUUUGGGGCAUUGAAAAUCGAACAGUGCUUUAAUGGUGAGCAAGUUUGUGGUGGCAACAAAUAAGGGACAUCCGAGUUAGUUUGGGUUCUGUUUUGUUCAUUUUCACACAAUUGGGAUAUUACAGAGGAAAAUCUCUGGGAUAAAAGAGGAAAUGAAGGACCACUGAAUAUGACACUGACUUUUCCUUCUAUGACAAGAUGCAUCUGCUGUGAAACUGACAUGAGUUAUUUAAUAUAACAUUUAGGGUAAUUACUAGAACCAUACAUGUCCAAUAGCUUGAAUCAAACGCGUUUUUAAAUGUCUAAAGGGUUUUAAUGUAUUUGCACUUUAAGAGUCAGGUUAGCCAUGUGUGUAAGCGUACAUUCAUGGAGAUCAUUGUUAACCUAAUGUUGUUUGAUGUCUCUGUAGUGUGCUAGUGUUUUGUAAGAGUGUAGCCUGUUAAAUGCUGAGGGCUUUGAUAAACACUGUUCCUGAAAGAGAGUCUAAUUUAAACUUGAAUGUCAUUUUCAGCUGACCUUAUUUUACCCAUAAAGAACCUCAUUGAAAACUAAAA